AUGACCUACAGAGGAGGUCACUGCCAGGUGAUUGUGACCUCACCCGUAGCCCGUGUGCACAGGGCACUGACGAUGGCCUCUGCCUGGGAGAGGAAACAUCACCACUCCGACCUGGAGAAAGCAGCAGCUUUCGUCCCCAGACUGCUUGCUGAGGACUACCCCAAGAGUGCUGUUACCACUCAGACUUUCGACGGAGUGCUGCUCUUUGCAGAUCUGUCAGGCUUCACUGCUUUGACAGAGACAUUAAUCCAGAGGAGCGGCACAGACAGAGGCACUGAUGAGCUGGUGCAAACCCUCAAUUCCUACCUGUGUGACAUUUUGGAGGAGUUGCUGAUUUUUGGAGGAGACAUCUUGAAGUUUGCUGGGGAUGCUGUGCUGGUGCUGUGGAGAACACCAUCCCAGGAGCUGGCUAAGACCAUCAGCCUGGUGCUGCAAUGUAGCUGGCAGAUCCAGAAGAAGUAUGGGAGUCGUGACACGCACGUGGGUCAGAAGAUCGAACUGAAGAUGGGGAUCUCUGCAGGGCCCAUGAGCCUCCUGAUUGUCGGAGACAGGAGGCGGCAGUACUUCUGUAUCUGUGGCCGGGCCCUGGAUGAAGUUUGUGAGGCUGAAGAGCUUGCGAAUGCAGGUGAAGUUAUCCUCUCAGCCACCUCCUGGGAGCUCUGUGAGCAGCACCGGGUCAGGACCGAGCCUCUUGCAGGCCAAAGCCCUGUGAAGGCAUGGAUCAGAUGUCCUGGUCAGAAUGCCAAGAGGCUUUACGCAAGCUUGUACAACACCCAGCGAGCCACCGCUGGGAAGGGGAAGCUUGAUGACAGAGUGCCGCUGGACCUCUUCUCUGAGCUACGGCCCGUCACGUGCCUCUUCGUCAACCUGCGGCUGGCUGCAGAUAUCGGCACAGGGGAUCUCUGCGCGAUCCUCCACAAUGCCAGCAGGAUGAUGCUAGAAAUCCUCUCUCCUCACAAGGGCGAGCUGAACAAAGUCCUCCUCUUUGAUAAAGGCUGCACCUUCGUCUGUGUGUUUGGACUCACUGGAGAAAAGCUACCCUACGAGAGCCUUCACGCCUUGCAGAGUGCUAUUCAGAUCUUCAACUUGUGCUCCACGAUCCGCCCUGUUUCCCUGUGUGCCAGGGCAGUGUCUGUUGCAGUUACCAGCGGGACGGUGUUCUGCGGAGUAAUUGGCCACCCUGUAAGGCAUGAAUACACAGUCGUUGGCCAGAAGGUGAAUUUGGCAGCCCGGAUGAUGGUGCACUACUCUGGGCUGGUGUCCUGUGAUGCAGAAACCUGCGCGGCCUCUCAACUGCCCCCUUACUGCUUCGAGGACCUGCCAGAGAGAAAGAUGAAAGGCCUUAGCCACCCUGGCACUGUCUAUCAAUUUGUGGGGAUCACCAUUAGGUGAGUCGUAUUUGGCAUGGGUCUUACGAAGAAGAAGUCAGAGUCCGUCCCCUUGCUGGGUCGGGAGAAGGAGGUUGACCUCUUUGUCAGCUGCUUGAAAGCCUAUGAGGAUUUAGGACAAAGCCGCAUCCUGGCAUUUGAGGGCACGAGGGGCUCCAGAAAGAGCCACUUACUUGCUGAGCUGGCCUAUUUAGGCCAGGCUGCUGGCCACAGGGUAGUUACCAUGGAACUGCUGGAGGUCAACGAGAGGCAGUUCUUCUCUGCCCUCCGUAUGCUGAUGGCCAGGGCCCUGGGCCUCGAGGACUGUGAAUCGUGCAGUGCCAGGCAGGACAUGCUGCGGACAAAGCUCCGAGGGACAAUCGAAGAGAGCAGCUACUGCCUCCUCAAUGACAUUUUCCUUGUCAAGUUUCCCGUUUCGGACAAGGCUCGCGAGAUGCGUGAAACUCAAAGACAAAUGGAACUGCGCUCGACUUGGGCGAAAGUGCUAGAGAAGGCCAUUGGAGGAGAAUUUGGCAUAUUUGUCAUCGACAAUGCCCAUUUCAUCGACCCUGCCUCCUGGAGUAUCAUGUCAGCCGUGCUCCCAACUGUCUCCCUCUUCAUGGUGGUGAGCUUAGCUCCGGGCUACGCGAGAACAGAGAGCUUUCGCAAAGCCGCAGCAGACAACACAACGUCCCAGAAAGUCACCUGUGUUCAUCUGGACGAGCUGAAACCGUCAGCUGUGGUGCAGAAAGUCUGCCAGGAGCUUGGAGCGGUCAGCAUCUCCAGGGAUCUAGCGAGGUUCCUGAUGCACAGAAGCUCGGGGAUCCCAUAUUACUGUGAAGAGCAGCUGCGCUGCCUUCGUUGCAACGACAUGCUCUUGUUCCGCACCCAGAGGCAGGGUGAAAAAGCAGAGGACAACUGGGAGAGCCUGAUCACUUCUGCACUCGAGGCUUCAUCCCUCGCAGCAACCUCGAGCUCCAGCGCGGGGAAUGAUGGCAGGGUCUGCAUCAUCAGACCGGACGUGAACCUGGAGAACACCGUGCUGCCCACCACCUUGAAAGAGAUUGUGCUGGCUCAGCUGGACCGGAUAAAGCCGCUGAAGCAGACGGUUUUGAAGUUUGCAGCUGUCAUCGGGCCAGUGUUUACCACCCAGCUGCUGUUGCACAUCCUUCCCGCUGGCAUCAGGCACAAGAUGAAUUACUUGUUGGACAUGCUGGUGAGCGACAACAUCCUUAAGUGGCUGAAAAACACAGAGGUGCCAGAAGAUGUCCAAGAUGCUAGCAAGGGGCCAGCCACCUCUCUGCAGGCAGAGCACGGUGUGGAGAGGCCCUCUCCGAGCAAGAAGCCCACGGAGCAGCAGUCUGGCGUCCUGGCCUUCUGUGUCCCGCUGCUGCGGGAGGCUGCCUACGAGCUGUGGCCCGAGAGACAGCGGGUCGCCUUGCACGGCAAGUGUGCCGCCUUCCUGGAGCAGCACGCACACAAAUGCAAGAGCUGCGGCCAAGGGGACUUUGUCGCCUUCCACCGCUUUGCCGUCAGCGGCACCCAGGACGGAGGGAGCUGUCCGGGCCCUGCUGACCAGGGCGACUCAGGCAGCUGGGAGGCCUUGGUGCUCGCUGGAGAACAGAUGAAGGAUAGGACCCACGCCACUGAGGGGUGGUUCCUGGCAAAGCGUGAACAGACAACUGAGCUGCCCAGCAAGACCGACGGGAAGCGCAACGGCGCAAGCUCAUGUGAAUGCAAAGCCAUCGUGGAAUCGGUGCUUGUGCCUUUGGCUCGCCACUACAUGGCAAUGGGCGAUGCUGCCAGAGCCUUUUACUACCUUCUGGAGUGUGCGGCUGCCUACCUGCACGUCUCCAACAGCUACAUGGCCCUCCUGAAGCUGGAUGAAGCGGAGCUCCUGAGGGACUCAAUAGAGAAGAAAGCGAAUGUGAUAGCCCGCUUUGAAGAGGCCACCUUCUUCAGCCUCAAAGGGGAGGUCUGCUGUCAUAUGGGACGUGUGAAGCUGGCAAAGAAAAUGAUCAGGGAGGCUUUGAGCCUGCUCAAAAGGCCGUUCCCCCGGACCUCCAUUGGAGCCUUUGUCAAGUCUCAGGUGGAAAAGUUGCAGUGUGCCGCUUACAUUGCCAGAAGAGCAACCUCCCUUCCGCAGGAGGCCCGGAGGAAGAGGCUAGCCUGGCUGCUGCGGCAGAGCUGCUGCCUUUCCUUACUGGAGCACCUCUUCAGCCUGGAGGGCACUUCCAGCGGACGGACGUUCUCCCGCCUGGCAGCACGCAUGAAGGCCAACACGGACAGGGCAGCGGACUCCUGUCAGGCAGCAGACUCCCACCACAGAUAG